CUAGGCUUGGAAGUCAUAUCACCGCCCACAACCAGGGCAUCUCUCUGUGACCUGGUUGUGAUGGAAACGGCGCCGUGGCCUUGACCUCAUAACCCCGAGACAUCCCGAAGGGACGAGGUGCAUCAGAUGUUGCUGUUAUCAGAUGAUCAGACAGCCGGGAGGCAGGAAGUGAAGAUCUUCAGAACACUGGUGAUCCAGCAGAGAUGUCCCUGUCACCAGAGGAGCUUUUGGAUAUUGCCUGGGAAGAGAAAUCUGAUGAGCACAUGACACCAGAAUCUCCGGUGGAUCAUUCAGAUGCCCAUUUGGUGUCGGAAGACUCUCCGCCGCCUCCUUGCCCAGACUGUGGUCGAACGUUUCAAACACUGCGAGCACACAACCUUCACCGUCGCAACCAUGCAGCUGACCUUUCAUACACAUGCAAAGACUGCGAUGUGGCCCGUGCAGGAGCCAUUGGGGGUAGUGACAAACCCUAUUCCUGUUCUGACUGUGGGCGCCGCUUCUGUUGGCUGUUGGCUCUGCACAGUCAUCAUGAGCAGCAGCACACCGGCCAAUGUGGAUACCAGUGUUCCCAGUGUGGUAAGAAGCUGCCCAGCCAACCAGCGUUCCGCAGGCACCAGCAGGGUCACCGAAAAGACAGAGUCUGUGUGUGGUGUGGAAAGGCUUUCAACUGCUCUGCUAAGUUGUCAAGGCACAUGCGAAUUCACACUGGAGAAAGGCCUUAUCAGUGCCAAGAAUGCCCAAAGGCAUUCACUCAACUGGAAACAUUGCGCGUUCAUCAAUGGGUGCACGAAGACCCAAAACCUUACCAAUGUCAGGAAUGUGGACGCCGAUUCCGAGGCCAGCGAACCUUUGAAAAACACAGGAAUUUGCACAUUUCUCGCAAGCCGCAUGCAUGUCCUGUAUGUGGCAAAACUUUCUUCUUUUCAUCACGCUAUAAACGCCAUCUACGCAUUCACACCGGGGAGAGACCAUUCCUGUGCCAGCAGUGCGGAAAGAGCUUUAAUCAGCGCUCCAAUUACCAACGCCACCGAUUAAUACAUGCCGGAAAGAGACCUUUCCCCUGUAACCUAUGUGAUAAAAGCUUUAGUCAGGCAUCCAACUAUCGACGACAUUUACAGACCCACAAGAGGGAACGAGGUGUAUGGGGAGAAGAGGAGGAUGAGGAAGAAGAGGAAGGAGAUUAUACCUGCACAGAAUGCGGAAGGCGAUUUACACAGGAGGGAAGCCUACACAAACACUAUAUUCAGCAUGCUAGAGGGGAACUGUGAACUGCUACCAAUCUGGGGGGAUGUGUGGGAGUAGCAAUUUAUUUUCCUUCUUCUCCACAGUAUAAAUGCAAGAUUGCACAGUGUAGUGCGUAAGGCAGGGAAGGCUAAAUGCAUACAAAAAGGAAAACAUUGAUCAACACAGAUUUCCUGGAACCCUGUUUCCCAAAUUAAUUUAGUAUCUAAGCUAAGACCAGCACCAAAGUAUGAUCUAACUGGGCUUGAUCCUCUCCUAUGCCACAACAUUUAUAGGGGAGAGGUUGCUCUGAUUUAAGCAAUGGUUUAAUAGGCUUGCCCUUCCUCCCCCACCAGAGAAUGAUUGCCCAAACCAACACCUAUUUUUAAAGGAAAGCUACCAUAGCAGUUUAUUGCCAAUAGAUUAGCCACAAUAGUGCAAG